AUCUUACCGGAAGUACUAUCCAUGCUCAGAAUACACACUCACAGCGACUUUAGCUGAAAAAUAACCGUUUGUAAUUAAUUAUCGGGGUUGUCGCUCAGGUGUCACACAGGUUUGGGACGCAACAGUCGCUAAUAAUGAAACUUAAAGAGUUAGAGAGCUGUCUGCAGCAAGUGGACGUGUUUGAAGAGCCAAAAAUCCUUCUGGAGCAAUAUCCAACCAGUCCUCAUAUUGCUGCAUGCAUGCUUUAUACAAUCCAGAGCACGUUUGAUGACAUUGAGGGUAAACUAGUGGCAGAUCUGGGAUGUGGCUGUGGAGUCCUCAGCAUCGGGGCUGCAAUGCUUGAUGCAGGUUUGUGUGUUGGCUUUGACAUUGACGAUGACGCGCUGGACAUCUUCAGAAGGAACGCAGAGGAAUUUGAGAUUUCUAACGUGGACUUGGUCCAGUGUGACCUGUGCUCUCUGGAAGCAGAGGCUUAUGCCAAUAAGUUUGACACUGUAAUAAUGAAUCCACCAUUUGGGACAAAACACAACCAAGGCAUGGACAUGAAGUUCUUACAGGCUGCUUUAACAAUGGCAAAGACAGCAGUGUAUUCACUCCAUAAAACAUCAACACGAGAGCACAUACAAAAGAAGGCUAAUGACUGGGGAGUGAAGAUGGAAGUAAUAGCAGAACUAAGAUACGACCUGCCAGCAUCUUACAAGUUCCAUAAAAAGAAAUCGGUUGACAUCCAGGUGGACUUCCUACGAUUCUCCAAAGCCUGAAGCUUUCACUGGAAUGGAUUUAAGUUGCCUCUGCAUUUUUCGCUGUUUAUAAUAAAUGUUUUCAAAAAAGAAA